AUGGCACAAAAUCAAGUUAAAGAAACCGACAUUGCGGUGCUGAUUGCCGCAAUUCAAAGCUCAGUUGGCCCGAUCCAGGUCGAUGCCGAAAAGGUCGCGCGGCAACUUGGCAUGAGUCUGUCAAGCAUCCCGCCGAAGUUUACGGCAAUCCGGAAGCGGUACAACAUUGACAUCAAGGUUGUCAACUCCGGAGCCUUGCAGCGGAAUCGGCAAAACAGCCCUAAGAAGAGGCUUUCUGCGUAUGGACCUAAACCCAUGAGGAGUGGCAAUGUGCGAGCACAAACGGGCGACGCUGCCGUGAUGGAGCUGCCAGAGGGACUCAAAUUUGAGCCUGUCGAGGCUGCAGAUCAUGAGACUCCGUGA